AUGCUCGCCAGGUCGCUGCAGAUGCGGUCAAGGGCCCUCGGCGCCUUGAGCACCGCCAGGCUCUCUCCCGCGAGAAGCCAUGCUCGCCUUCUCUCCACCUCCGCCGCUCGCGCCGCCGAUGAUCAGCUCAACAAGAUCUCGGCCAACAUCACCCAGCCCAAGUCCCAGGGUGCCUCCCAGGCCAUGCUCUACGCCACCGGCCUGAGCGAGUCCGACAUGAACAAGGCUCAGGUCGGUAUCUCGUCCGUCUGGUACGAGGGCAACCCUUGCAAUAUGCACUUGAUGGAUCUCUCCAAGGUCGUCAAAGAGUCCGUUGCCAAGGCCGGUCUUAUCCCCUACCGCUUCAACACCAUUGGUGUUAGUGACGGUAUUUCCAUGGGUACCACCGGUAUGCGAUACUCCCUCCAGAGCCGAGAGAUCAUCGCCGACAGUAUUGAGACUGUCAUGAACGGCCAAUGGUACGACGGCAACAUCAGCUUGCCCGGUUGCGACAAGAACAUGCCCGGUGUUGCCAUUGCAAUGGGUCGUGUCAACCGACCAAGCAUUAUGGUCUACGGUGGUACCAUAAAGCCCGGUUGCACCAAGGCCGGCGAGUCCAUUGACAUUGUCUCCGCUUUCCAGGCUUACGGCCAGUACAUCACUGGUGAGAUCACCGAAGAGGAGCGCUUCGACGUCAUCCGAAAUGCCUGCCCCGGUAGUGGUGCUUGCGGUGGCAUGUACACCGCCAACACCAUGGCCACUGCCAUCGAGACUCUUGGUCUUACCCUCCCCGGCAGCAGUAGCAGCCCUGCUGAGGACCCCGCCAAGCUCGCCGAGUGCGAGAAUGUUGGCCCCGCCAUCCGUAACAUCCUCAAGGAGGAUAUCCGCCCCCGCGAUAUCAUGACUCGCCAGGCUUUUGAGAACGCGAUGAUCGUCACCACUAUCCUCGGUGGCAGCACCAACGCCGUUCUUCACCUUAUCGCCAUUGCCCACUCCGUCGGCAUCAAGCUCGAGAUUGAGGACUUCCAGAAGGUUUCCGACCGCAUUCCCUUCCUUGCUGACCUGAAGCCCUCUGGAAAGUGGGUCAUGGCCGAUAUGCACAAGAUUGGUGGCACUCCUUCCCUGCUCAAGUUCCUCCUCAAGGAGGGUCUCAUCGACGGCUCCGGUAUGACUGUUACUGGAAAGACCAUGAAGGAGAACGUUGAGAACGUCCCCGACUUCCCCUCUGACCAGACCAUCAUCCGACCAUUCAGCAACCCCAUCAAGCCUACCGGUCACAUCCAGAUUAUGCGCGGAACCCUGGCUCCCGGUGGUUGCGUUGGUAAGAUUACCGGCAAGGAGGGUCUGCGAUUCCAGGGCAAGGCCCGCGUGUUCAACGCCGAGAACGACUUCAUUGCCAGCCUAGAGGCCGGUGAGAUCAAGAAGGGCGAGAAAACUGUCGUCAUCAUCCGAUACGAUGGUCCCAAGGGUGGCCCCGGUAUGCCCGAGAUGCUUAAGCCCUCAUCCGCCAUCAUGGGUGCCGGUCUUGGCAAGGACGUUGCCCUCCUUACUGACGGCCGAUUUUCCGGUGGUUCUCACGGUUUCAUUAUCGGACACAUCGUCCCUGAGGCCAUGGAGGGUGGUCCCAUUGCCCUCGUCGAGGAUGGUGACACCAUUACCAUCGAUGCUGAGCAGGCCAUCAUCGACCUCGAGAUCCCCGAGGCAGAGAUGAAACGCCGCCGAGACGCAUGGACGCCCCCGGCCCCUCGCUACACCAGGGGUACUCUGAAGAAAUACGCCUCCCUCGUGAGCAACGCCAGUCAGGGUUGUGUUACCGACGGUGCGCUAUAA